UGGCCGUAGCCGACUGAUGACGGGGAAGUAAAGGCGCUUGAACUGGAGCGAGAAGAGUCGGGAAUCUCACAAAUCAGGGCCGAGUCCAUUGUCCCGGCAUGGGGGACAUGAAGACCCCCGAUUUUGAUGACUUGUUGGCAGCAUUUGAUAUUCCUGAUAUUGACGCAAAGGAGGCCAUUCAGUCAGCACCCGAAGAGGUCGAGGGGCACCAGGGAUCGAGCAGCGGGUCUCUCACAAAGCCGAGCGAGGGCUCGGUUGGAGGAGGUUCAACCCUUAGAGCCUCCAGUCCAGCAGCGGAUCCACAAACUGACCCCUCUAUCGUUAGUGUAAUCGUGAAGAACCGGGUUCGUACCGAAACGUUCGAGACAGGUGACGUACCAGGGUCAGAACCACUCAACCAUAAUGGAUUUGUAUCCUCAAGUGGUUCCGCUCAUUUAUCACAGUCUCGAAGUCAGCCAAAUGGGGAGCAGUGGCCUUUGUGUGGAUCCAAAGUGACUCCUGAGCCCACAGGGUCUGUGCUUGGACCUGCUAACACGUCAAAACAAAGUGGCAACAUUUUUAAUAAGCUGAAGCCUCUGAUGGCACAGGGUUCUGGAGAUCCUAUUGGCAGGGCAAGAAAAAUGCAGCUCCUGCAGCAACAGCAGCAUACCCAACAAGAAGCAGGUUUAGAUACAUCUGACAAGGCAAAGGUUGCUGCUGUUCCUGGAGGCACAAGUGGAGUGGCAUCUACUUUUUUCCCCUCUCCCAAACCUUACCUCUCAAAUCCGUCCACAGCUCCUUCAUCAUCAACCUCUCCUUCCGUCGGUUCCCGUGUUUCAGGGACUGUCGCCUCAUCACCACUGGCAACAAGCCUGACAGAGCCAUUCAAUGGAACUCCACACCACAGUACAUCUGAAUUCAGGCACAUGGAGUCAGAUGAGGAGGAUUCAGAUCCAGAUUCUGGAGGUUCACUGAUUAUUCAAGAGAGUCCUGGCUCUCCCACCUCUCCAAAACGUUCACGCAGGCUCAAGUCUGCCGAGAGUUCAGAAUCCCCGUCGCUCCCCCACUCUGCACCUUUGUCCUCGGCUCCCGCGUCUUCAGUCGCUUAUCCCAAACCAGGGGACAUCCCAUCGGCCUCUCCGGCAUCUCCACAAUCACAGAACUGGCUUUCAUCACCGGUUCAGGCGAGAGCUGGUAAAAGCCCACAUCAGGAAGACCAGAACUCGGAGCAUGUCAUCGAUGAACGUGACUCACCAGAGAGUCCAGAGCCGGACACCACCAAGACUUCAGGAACGAUGCCUGCAGCUUCGAAAAAGUCGUCCAGCCCGGCUGUGACUGCUCCUUUACCCUCGACGAGCCUCCGAGAACCUAAGGAGGAGGAAGAGGAGAUGGAGGUGGCCAAAGGGAUUAAUGAUGGGAAUGGGGAUGCAGCAGACGUAGGUCAGGACAACAGACAAAAAAAGGAAGAAAAUAUGGAAGUGGAUGAUGAAAGUGAAUCUACCCAGUCCCCUAAAAUUCCUAACAGUGCACCUAACAGUAGUGGACCUGAUGCACCUGAUGGUAGUGCACCCUCCAGGCCUCUUAAAGUCCGAAUAAAGACCAUUAAAACCCCAACAGGAAGCAUCACCCGAACAGUUACCCGUGUGGCAGGCAAAGGACCAGAUGGUGCAAGAUUGCAAACAGUCACAGCUAACAAAUCCCAGAAAGCAGCAGAACCCACAGCUGGUCGAUUGGUAAAAGGUUCUACGCUGCCGGUAGCCACCUUAGAAGCAAGCAGCGCCAUGCUAGCCGCAGCAAGCAAAGCUCAGAACAAAACGUCUGCUUCAUUGGAUAAGACCAAGGUCUCCGCCACAGCCGUGAACAUCACGAAAGCUGCCAACCUUCCAGCCACUCCAACGGUCAGCGGCAUCAGUGUGCGUACCACGGCCGGCAGGGCGACUAACGGAGGCACACCUAAUGUACAAGUACCAUCCAAGCCAGCCUCUAUCGUUAACAGUACAGGAGCUGUCAUUUCCCGGAGCCAGUCAAGCCUAGUGGAAGCCUUCAACAAGAUCCUAAACAGCAAGAACUUGCUGCCUAGCUACCGCCCGGACCUCUCCAUUCCACCUCCGCCGGAGUGGGGUCUCCCUAUCCCGGCGACAGGUUAUCGCUGCCUAGAGUGCGGCGACUCCUUUGCUCUGGAGCGCAGCCUGGCUCGUCAUUACGAUAGAAGAUCCUUAAGGAUCGAGGUGACUUGCAACCACUGUGCAAAGCGUCUGGCCUUCUUCAACAAGUGCAGUCUGCUGCUGCAUGCUAGAGAGCAUAAGGAGAGAGGGCUCGUUAUGCAGUGUUCACAUCUGGUUAUGAGACCAGUUACUGUCGAGCAGAUGAUUGGCCAACAGGACACAACUCCGAUCGGUAUGCUCUCCCCUCCAGUCGCUUCAUCAUCUGUAUCGACCCCCUCUACCCAAUCAGGAACCCCCACUGUCCCCUCCACCUCCAGCCCUGUGAAAGACUCCCCCUCACAAGCGUCAGUUGCUUCCCAACCUAGCCCAGCUCGUCGUGGGCCUCACAGUCCUCAUGUCCUAAUGCCACUUCCCUGCAAGAAGGGUGAGGUUCUUCAGUACAACAACUUUAAAUGCCCUGAAUGCCAGGUACAGUUUGCUAACAAGGCAGAGCUGGUGGCGCAUUUCCAGCAAAUCAGAGCUACGCCCAAUUCUACUUGUACGAUUUGCUCUCCACCAAUGAUGUUGCCUAAUGGGUGCAGUGUAUCAGCUCACCAGCGAAUCCAUAAGCACCGGGCCCCCCAUGUGUGUCCAGAGUGUGGUGGCAUUGCCCGUCAGGCCAGUUUUCAGACUCAUCUAGAGGAGGCCUGUCUACACUUUGCCAGGCGUAUCGGCUACAGAUGUUCCAGCUGUCAGGUAGUGUUUGGUGGCCUGAACUCCAUCAAGUCUCACAUUCAGACUGCUCACUGCGAGGUGUUCCACAAGUGCCCACAUUGUCCAAUGGCCUUCAAAUCGGCUCCCAGUGCCCAGGCUCACAUCAGCACCCAGCACCCCACCCUUACUGCUGCUCAGGCCAAGAUGAUUUACAAGUGUGUGAUGUGCGACACAGUCUUCACCCAGAAACCUUUGCUCUAUGUGCAUUUUGACACCCACCUGGCCAAGCAGAAAGUGCACGUGUUCAAAUGUCCCGACUGCACCAAAUUAUAUGCUCAAAAGGGGUCCAUGAUGGAGCACAUCAAGACCGCCCACAGAGGUCUUCCGGGCAAAACGGAGACCCCGGCGACUGCCUCCUCUCCAGUCUCAUCCUCAAGUGCAAGUGCAAACUCCACCUUAAGAAAGGAAGGGGAGGGGGAGGAAGAGGAGAAAGAAGAGGCAGGGGAGGACAAAGAGUAUGAGGAGGAGGAGGACGAUAACGAGGAGGAGGAGCAGCCCAGUUCCCCGGAGAGUGGGAGCAGCGUAGAGUGGCGAUGCAAGGAGUGCAAGACACGUUAUUCUGACAGAGAGGAUUACAUCAACCACAUGAAGAGUGAACACGGCAUGUCCAUGAAGAAGUUUCCCUGUCGAAUGUGUGAGCGUUCCUUCAGUUCGGCCAACAGCCUGCGUCGCCAUGUCCGUGUCAUUCACGAGGGUGUCAAAAGAGUCUUCCACUGCCAGUACUGUCUGGAGGGCAAACGAACAUUCAGCAGUCGUCUGAUACUAGAGAAGCACAUCCGAGUCAGACAUGGCAUCCGAACUAAACAGCCUACAGAAAAACAGACCACUCCCAACACAAGAAAACGUACAGCCCCCAGCGAUGGAGCAGGGAGCUCUUCCGAGGUCGACUACGAAGGUGGAGCUCCUUCUGCGUGGGCAGGAGCAGAUGCACCCGACACCGGAGGGGAGGACACGGCGAGCCCGGCAAAACGAACACGUUCACGGGAGAAGGAAGAUGAAGCGGAAGAGGAGGAGGGCAUCUUCCGCUGUGCGCCAUGCGGCUACAGCACGACGGACCAGGCCGAGUUCCAGCACCACAUUCCCAGGCACCGCGACAGCGAGUCGUCCCUGCAGUGCCUGCAGUGCGGAGCCUGCUUCGCCUCGGCCGGCUCGCUGAGCCGCCACCGCUUCAUCACUCACCGCUUACGGCACGAGCAGCAGGACAGCGGCCACACGGCGCACGCGGCCAAGGGCGGAGAGGAGGAGAAGGGGGACGAAGAGGGGGAGGGGAACAUGAGCUGCAGAGUGUGCAAACGGCGCUUCGACAAGGCCUCGGACCUCAACACGCACUUCCGCACUCACGGCAUGGCCUUCAUUAACGCUCACAAAACGGACAAAGUCGUGUGAGUACAGAACGCUACAAAUGGAGAGGAAGGUCGCUAAAGGUGAACUGAUCUUUUUUUAUGGCUCAUGUAUUGGCAAUAAGAAAGUUGAUAGGUUACAAACUGAUGCCUGAGAAUUUAUUCAUUCUUUAUCCGUCUUUAUACUUCAUUGUAUGACUGAAUACCAAUUCACACACCUGCAAAGCUAUAUCAUACUGCAUUAUAUUAAACACACACGAUUUACUUAUUAAUACACUAAGGCCCUGAUUUACUAACCCUGCGUUCCAGGUUGCAGGAACCGUUACUGUUGUUGUAGCUGACAGUGGCCAAAAUGUACUCUGUUCUGUACAACUUGUACAAAUCCCUGUAUCACUACUAUGUAAAAUACAAUAUAAUGUUAAUAAAACCCACAAACUAAGCAUUAAUAGGCUUUUUUUAAUG